AGGGGCCGCCGUCCUCUGAUUGGCUACGCCGCCUCCCGUUGGGGUAGGCUGCGCGCCGGAUAUAUCUAGCCGGCGGCAGAGCACGCCGUUGCGUGAGGUGCUUCUCGUCCGCCGGGCAGGCCUGUGGUGAAGCGACGCCUCCCGCUCCCGUCCCGCUCCGCCCGCAGUUGACCAAAGAAAUGGUGAUGGAGAAGCCAAGUCCCCUGCUGGUCGGGCGGGAAUUCGUGAGGCAGUACUAUACUCUGCUGAACCAAGCACCUGACUAUUUGCACAGGUUUUAUGGAAAGAACUCUUCCUAUGUCCAUGGUGGCUUGGAUUCCAAUGGAAAACCAGCUGACGCAGUCUACGGGCAAUCUGAUAUCCACAAGAAGGUGCUGUCAUUAAACUUCAAGGAUUGCCACACAAAGAUUCGUCAUGUGGAUGCCCAUGCUACACUCAAUGAUGGUGUUGUAGUCCAGGUGAUGGGAGAGCUCUCCAAUAACAUGCAGCCCGUGCGCAGAUUCAUGCAAACAUUUGUACUUGCACCUGAGGGUUCUGUCGCAAACAAGUUUUAUGUCCACAAUGAUAUCUUCCGCUACCAAGAUGAGGUUUUUGGUGACUCUGACACCGAGCCUCCAGAGGAAUCAGAGGAGGAAGGGGAGGAACCUGAGGAAAGACAGCAGACACCUGAGGCUGUUCCUGAUGAUACUGGUGCUUAUUACGAGCAGGCUGUCAGCAAUGACAUUGAGGAACACCUGGAAGAGACGGCUGCAGAGGCAGAGCCUGAGCCAGAACCUGAACCUGAACAGGAACCUGAACCAGAGGCUCAGGAAGAAAAAUCUGAGCCUGUGUUAGAGGAGUCGGCUCCAGAAGAGACUGUGGAAAAGAGUCCUUCUCCAGCUCCUGCCGAUCCAGCUCCUGCAGUGCAAGAGGACUCUAGGACAUUUUCCUGGGCAUCGGUGACCAGUAAGAACCUCCCUCCCAGUGGAGCUGUUCCAGUAUCAGGAAUACCACCUCAUGUUGUGAAAGUACCGGUCUCGCAGCCCCGCCCUGAGGCAAAGCCUGAAUCUCAGACCCCACCUCAGAGACCUCAGAGGGAUCAGCGAGUGAGGGAGCAACGAACAAGCAUCCCACCACAGAGGGGUCCUAGACCAAUUCGUGAGGGUGAACAAGGCGAUGUGGAAACAAGACGGAUUGUGAGAUACCCAGACAGUCACCAGCUGUUUGUGGGGAACCUUCCCCAUGAUGUUGAUAAAAGUGAACUUAAAGACUUUUUCCAAAAACUUGGAUUUUCUCUUGCAGGCUAUGGCAAUGUUGUUGAACUCCGCAUCAACAGUGGUGGAAAGCUCCCCAAUUUUGGGUUUGUGGUGUUUGAUGAUCCUGAACCAGUUCAGAAGAUCCUUAGCAGCAGGCCCAUCAUGUUCAGGGGAGAGGUGCGCCUGAAUGUGGAGGAGAAGAAAACACGAGCUGCCAGGGAGGGUGACCGCAGAGACAACAGACCACGUGGACCUGGAGGCACUCGUGGGGGGCUGGGAGGUGGGAUUCGAGGGCCUCCACGUGGAGGAAUGUCCCAGAAGCCAGGAUUUGGAGCUGGAAGGGGGAUCGGGCAACGCCAGUGAAUGCAUCACGGAUGUUGACAUGGUGGCGCAAACCCUUUUUCCUGCAGAUUUGUGAAUUUCAGCCUUGGGUAUCUUGGAAUGUGGCCCUAGCCUGUUAUAGACUGCUACGUUUGAUACUAUUUUGGCCCCCUUUUGUUUGUGUUAUGGUUUUGUGAUUUUUUUUUCUAGUCCUUGUCCCAGAUUCCAGCUUUGUGGAACAACGUUUUAGGAAAAGUGAAUUUUAAAAAGAAAAGAACUGAAUUUUCUUGUUCACCUCAAACUUACGGACUGGAUUUUUUUUGGUACCAGUGGUCUUUCCUAAAGGAACGUCUCUUUAUUUUUUUCUUUUUCUUUUUUUCUCCCCCCUUUCUACUGAAUUUGGGUGCAUUUCAGUCAGUGGAAUAAUAUUUCACGUGCAUGCGUUCAAGAGCCUGUAGGAGAACAUAGUACUUGACAAGUAUUUCAAGGGCAGAAAAAACAAAGCUAUUGCUUUAUCCUUUGAGGGUCAUACGAACAUCCUCUGGUCUGGAGAUAUUGCCACUUGAAAAAUUGACAUUCACCUUUCUCUUAGUGGCGCUGUAAAAGUGGAAUAAUGGGUAUCCGUAGAACCUCUCUUUCUUUUGAUACAUGAUCACGGAAAGGAAUUCGAACUACUGUUUUACCACACUUAAAAUUUUGGAUUGUGGGAUAGGUUUUAAAUGUCUAGAACUUGACUCUUAAAACACUUUUCCUGAACUUGUGAAAUUUUUUAUUGAAAUAGGAAGUUUUUUUCAUGUUUAGUUUGUAUUUGUAUAAAAAAGCAAAAUUGUUGUGCCUUCUAUUUAUCUCUCAUUCCAGUCUUGGCAAAUUGUUUUAAAAAAAAAAAUAAAAAAGGUCUAGAUUUGCUUUAUCAA